CGCCACCAAAAAUCAACCAAAUUAAACCAUUCGAUCGGUAACGCGAUCGCCACGCGGCUGGCUAGCUUGAUCGAUCGGCCGGCUUAGCUUUUCUGCUCCCACCUGCCUGCCAGUGCCAGCUAGCUCGCAAGCCAUGCAUCCCCACCACCGGAAAGCUGCACCGCGUGCUUCCAUAUAACCAGCCCAGGCGAGCUCGAGCACGCAGACAGGAGGGUCAGGGCAGGUGUGAGGACUGCGCGCGAGUUGGCCGGCCGUCGAUCGAUCGAUACGUACGUAGGUACGCUCCGGGGCGCGAGCGACAUGGCCGACGGCGGCCGGCGGGCUCCGGGGUACCGCUUCUACCCGACGGAGGAGGAGCUGAUAUGCUUCUACCUCCGCCACAAGCUCGACAGCCUGAGGGGCGACAUCGAGCGCGUCAUCCCCGUCUUCGACGUCUACUCCGUCGACCCGUAUCAGCUCUCAGAGAUUCACGAGAGGCUGCGCGGCGGCAACGGCGGCGGCGGCGAGGGGGAACCGUGGUUCUACUUCUGCCCGCGGCAGGAGCGGGAGGCGCGGGGCGGGCGGCCGAGCCGGACCACGCCGUCGGGGUACUGGAAGGCGGCGGGCACGCCCGGCGUCGUCUACUCCGCCGACCGCCGCCCCAUCGGGAUGAAGAAGACCAUGGUGUUCUACCGCGGCCGCGCGCCGUCGGGGACCAAGACCGAGUGGAAGAUGAACGAGUACAGAGCAUUCCACUACCCCGCCGCCGCCGCGCCACCAAGCCUUCCACCGCAGCUGCGAAGUGAGUUCAGUCUCUGUCGGCUGUACACUCGGUCGGGAUGCCUGCGGCAAUUCGACCGGCGGCCGCUCGCGGGCGGUGCUGAUGAGAACACAGGGACGACAUCCACGGCUGCCGCUGCUGCGUCACCCGAGGAAAACGACGGCUCAGGUGGUUCCAUGCAGCAACAGCAGCAGCAGGAACAGGCGGAGCUGGUGAUCGAUCAAGGUGGCGCCGCCGUUGAUCCGGACGGCUGGUACGACUCCGACGCGGCCACCUUGACUGCACUUCUGUACUGGCCUGGAGAUUAAUUAGGGAGACGCUGAUCAUAUACCAUGUUUUGCUCACUGUGCUAACUGUGUUCAUGCAAAGUGCAUGUUACACGUACAUGUGAGAGCCACUAUCAACAACCGUGCGUACGUAGAGCGUAGUACACUUUUUUUCUUUUUCCUUUUUUUUUG